AUGGAGCGGAAACGCGAUCAUGUCGAGGUGGCCGCAGGGCACGAGGCCGCCGGCGCAGCGACAAAGCGUUUGCAUCUGGAUCUCAUGGCUGGGGAAGAGGAAACGAACCCAGACUACCAGCGCCUAGAGCAAUAUAGGAAAGAAGCGAUAUACCGACGCAUGCGGGAAGCGCAGCGCGAUGCCAAGCGCACGAAGGACGAGGCCGUAGCACUACAAGGCACACUUGUGCGUACGCAGCAGCAGGUAUUGGCCGUGAAUCAGUUCUGGGAUGCGCUGGCCGAGUAUAUGGCGCACUACCAAGUAGACGAACGGGCCUUGGGCGAAGAUACCUUGAAGCGUAUGGAACGGAUUGUUCCUUUGACGCUGCUUCAAGGCUCCAAUGAACAGAUUGCUGCUCUGCAGGAGCGGCAAUCUCUUUUGCAGCAUAUCGUAGCUGUGCUGGCGAAGAGUGCCGCUGGCUCGGGCUCCUCGAUCAGCCAGCCGGCCUUGCAGGAAGUGCAAGAUCGAUGUGCCUCGCUUGCCGGCGAAGUAAGUGCAUUGCGUCAGGCGUUGGAAGCGACCAAGGCGCAACUUCAUCUGUCGCAGGAACGCGUGGAGACAUUGGAAGAGCAGCUUCGCCAGGCCGAACGUCGUGCCGACCGCGCUCAGAGCGAUGUCGUACGAAACAUGGAAGAUCCCAAGCACGAGAAGCAGGCGCAGGCGUCUGCCCAGCCUGCCUCGAACCAGGGCACGCCGACGCCGACGCCGGCGGACCACAAAGAAUCAGCGCAGGGCAGUGAAAGCCACGCAGAGGCCGCACAGGGUACCAUGGCCGCUACGGCGGAAAAGGCGGCCGCGAUGGAAGAAGAGCUAAGCUCCCUACGUGAUGUCGCACACUCACGACAGCGGCUGCUCGACGAGGCGCGCGCCGAGCUGUUGGAGGCCAAGCAAUCCGUCGCUGCCUUGCAGCUGCAAAUGCAAGCGGUGCCGGACGAGCGUGUGCAUGCUCACAGUGUGUACCAAGCGCUGCAGGCAGAGAUGGUAUUCAUGCAACAGGAAGCUGAACGACUGCGCUCGGCGCACGCUGCGUUGGAACAGGAGAACAAUGACAUGCGUGAAUUCCGUUUCGAGUUUCAGCGGCAAACUACGACACAGGCUCAAACACACAGCGAAGAGUUGCAAAAGCAAAUCAAGGCGCGCGAUGCGGAUAUUGUCCGCCUCCGUGGCCAGCGCGACGAGUUGAAUGCCGAGCUGCUGGAACGACGAGCGCGUGAAAGUGUGAGAUUUACGUACGUCGACGAAGCCAAAGCGCUGCUCGCGCCCAAAGACGAGCGGCUAGCGGCGUUCGAGGCGCAAGUCCAGCGUCUCCAAGCCGAGUUGGCCGCCGCGAAGAACGAUGCGGCCGGUGUGGAGGCGGCGUUGGGCGACGGGGCGACGGAAGCGAGUCUCAGUACCGAUGUAGCGCAGCUGCAGCUGCAGCUGAAAGCGGCCAACGCUGCCAGCAUGACGUUGUGCGACGAAGUGGAUCGCCUGAGCAGCGCCUAUGACCAGCUGGACAAGCAGACGUCCGCGCGGAUCGCCAAUGUCGAGCGACUUGAAGACAAAAUGCUGCGUGUGACCACAGAAAAAGCCAAAGCGGACAACAAGUACUUUGCCGCGAUGCGUGCGAAGGAUGCGCUGGAAGUAGAGAAGCGCGCCUUGGCGCGCAGUGCUGAGCGCCAGGCCAAGGUCAUUGAGCGGUAUACGGAAGCGGAAAAGGGCCUUCAGACGCAGGUGGCGCAGGCGGAGAAAGAGAUUUCGGCGCUGCGUCGUAGCUUGCAGACGCACACGAGCAAGCUGGCCGAGGCUGAUCGCGAUGUGGCCGUGUGGCGUCGCCGCCAUGCGGAUGCUGAGCGGGCACGCGCCGCGGCGGAGGCCAGUGUCUCGAAGCACCUUGCGACGGCCGAGCAGGAGACUAGUGCUCGUCACAAGGCCGAGGAGCGUAUGAUGGCGCUGGAUCGCGAUGUAGGCCGUCUUCGGCGCCGAUUGGCAGAGUCUUCUACGUCGUCGCGACGCCGCGAAUCGUCCGAUGCGGAUACGCACUUGGAGUACCUCAACUCCUUGUUGCGAUGCUCGUCGUGCAAGGAACGGUACCGUGAUCGGAUCAUUACGCGGUGCUUCCAUACCUUCUGCGAGGCGUGCAUCAAUGCCCGCCUGCAAACGCGGCAGCGCAAGUGUCCUCACUGUGGCCUGGCGUUUGCGAGCAGCGAUGUCCAGGCACUCUACUUGCAAUAA